CACUUGUACAAAAGCGUCUUCGACGAGAAAGACGGGCCCGAAGGCGAUUGCAGGAGCAACUAGAACUGGAAGCCAGCAGGAGAGCACAACUUGAAGACGCCCUAAGAGCAGCAGGAGCUUCGGAACAGAUAAAUAUGAUAAACGAUUCCCUGGCCCAGGAGCUAGAGAUGGAGAGGAAAUCGCGGCAGCAGCAGGCAGAAAGAGACGUAAAGUCUCCACUGCAAGAUCGUUCCGGUUAUUACAAGAAUUCGGUCUUGUUCACUAGUAGCGCGACAUAA